AUGGCCUCCUCUCCCCUCCACCUCUUCCUCCUCCUUCCCCUGCGCCUCCUCUUCCUCCUCCCGCUGCUCGCCGCGGCCAAACCCGUCCUCGAGAACGGUUACACGGUCACCACCUUCGCCGACCUGAACCCGCUCCCGGCCUCUGGGCCGUACCCCUACGCGAUCCUCCCGCGGCUCCACGCUGGCGACCUCCUCCUCCUCGACUCCGCCGGAUCCGCGCUCUACACCCUCUCCCUCUCCUCCUCCCCCGGCGAGCCGCGCAGGCUAGCGAGGGGCAAGCGGGGCUCCGGGUUCGACGACGGCGACGCCGCCUUCGACCGGCCGCGCAGCGUCGCCGUCGAUGCCGUCGACAACGUCUACGUCGCCGACCAACGCCACGGCGCCGUCCGCAAGGUCGCGCCCUCCGGUUAUACUACUACGAUUGCCGGAGGCCUCUCAUCAGGGCAUGGUCACAGGGAUGGACUGGCACAGAAUGCUACUUUCUCGGCAGAUUUUGAGCUUGUUUAUGUCCCCAAAAUUUGUGCCCUGUUAGUAGCUGACAGAGGAAAUCGAAUGGUUAGACAAAUCAAUCUAAAGCCAGAAGAUUGUGCACAUGAAAAACAGUCAGGCUUGGGAACUACAUCGGUGUCGGUCAUUGCAAUAUUGUGUGCAUUGCUCGGUUCAAUUAUCGGGUUCUUAGUUCGUCAUUUUUACCCUGUCAAUGAAGUCUCCAUCAACCACUUUUUCAGCAGGAUACAGAAGCAGUUCCUGAGGACACAGAGGAAGGCAACUCUGAUCAGCUUCUGCGACAUAAAAAGCGCAGUUGCUAGCUCCAUGGGCUACACCCUCCUGCUUAGACUGAUCAGACUUGGCCGUGGCUAUCUAGCCAUGGUGUUCCCUAGUGUUAGGUUACAGAAAGAAGUUCCCCUUAGGCCUUCUCGUCGUCGUCCUGAGUUACGCAAAACUAGCACUGCUCCUAACAUUGGUCUUAACAACAAAGCUCCCCUUCCUCCUACUGGGCAACUGGGGGAUCUGAUAAGCUUUGCUGGAGAUGCCGGUGAUAAGGAGGGUAGUGGUAAUGCCAAUAGUCAGGAGGGUAAGGUGCCAUCUUAUGAGGGUGACUUGAUGGGUCUUCUCUACAUCCCACCUGGCAGCGUUAAGAAAAUUGAUCACAUGAUCGAGACCAACCUAUCCGGCUUUUCAAGCCAUGUGAAUCGUCGUAGAUUAACUGUUAGUGGUUGUAGUAUUGACAAUAUGUCAAACAAUCGAAUAGGCGGUCACUCAACGAGCAUGGAAAAAGAUGACAAAUAUACCGAACGUAGUGGUGGACAAUUCGACACUGAUGUACCAAUGUCCAAAAUUAAAGUGUAUUUUCCAAAUGGGCAAGAAGGCAGGGGUUUUCUGAGACACUAUGAUUUGGAUUACAAUGUUGCUUAUAUGCAAGCCAAAUCUUUUCCUGGUCUUCAAGAAGUAUUUCUCGGUCCUCAAUUGCAAAUUGGGCCUCACAGCCAGGUAGUAGCUGGCUUCAAGUCUGGCAAAUUAUUGGCUGCAGCUGGGAUAGUGACUGAUGUGCCGACUGAGAAGUAUAUGACCUCUACGUGCAAAAUCACUAGGUGUGGACUUGGAGGGCCUCUUGUUGAUUUUGAAGGGAACUUUGUUGGCAUGAACUUUUAUAACUCGAAAGGGAAUACAUUCCUACCAAGGAACAAAAUUCAAAAAAUGCUUGAGUGUAAUCUGAGAGCCACUGAGCCAGGCCCCAACCACAAUAUCUGCCUGGACAUGGCAAAUUUGGCUAGGCUGGUUUGGUUUGUUGAGCCAUAG